AUGUCCAACAAAUUAAUGAAGAAGCAAGUUGCCGGCACCGCUGGAUCAGCAGUCGGCACUACAGCAGGUGGAGGAGGUAGUGGCUCAUACAAUGAUGGAUCCUACCACGGUGUUGGUGCACAAAGCGGCCCAGCUGCAGGUGCUGGCACAGGCGCUUCGACGGGCUCAACAACUGGUGCUCAAUCUGGAGCAGCUGGCAUCGGUCCAGGUCCAGCUGCAGGUGGAACCACAGGCAAGGCUACAGGAGGUACCACAGGAUCAACAACUAGCGGAUCAUCAGGAUCAUCAAGCGAUACUGACACAACUAGCUCUUCCAGUAGCUCAGAUACGGAUGAUCCAGCAGAUUCAUCAAAGGCCCCUGUUACAGCCGGUAGCACCAACUCUGGCGUCAAGCAGCCAGCUGACGAUCCACCUGCCAAUGAGGAUGAAACACCAGACAAUGAGAUCACGAUACCAGACGAUGAUAAACCAACUGAAAGUGAAAAAGACGCAUCCGAGUCUAUCACUAACUCAAUCGUCCACUCUAUGUCCUCUUCAUCACAGUCAGCUUCUCCAACAGCAACACCGUCCAUGUCUGCAUCGGAGGAGGAAAAAGACGAAGAUGACAACAAGGGUUUAAAGAUCGCUUUGCCUAUCAUCCUUGGUCUAUUGUUUAUUCUGUUCUUGAUCUGGGUUGGUAAGCGUGUCGUCAAGAAGAAGUUUGCUGGUAAAAAGAACAAGCCAACAAACAUCGACUUCAAUGAUGCCGCUAAAAGUCAAGAAACACUUGAUGAGAAAUCACCAUUGCCUCCACCAGGAUUUGCAGGCGCUGGUGCACCAUUGUUAGACCGUAGGGGAAGCACUCAUUCAUCAUACAAUGGUGCUCCUCCAUUGAUGCAUGCCAACUCAACAGGCAGCCACGGCGAUUACUUGAGUGCAUACAACCCUAACAUGUCAACAUACAGCUUUAACAACCUUGGUGGACAAAGACGUCAGGCAUCGCCAGUUCCUCCAUAUGGUCAACACCCACACAAUGGAAUGUCGAGAUCAAUGUCAACUAACUCAUACCAAAACGGUCCACCACCACCACAACCACAAAGACCUGGUCCACCACAGUCUAACCCAUCAGCACCACAUUUGCCUGCACUAGCUAUACCUGAUCCGGAAUUGAUUCCACUCCCAAGUCCACCACCAAGCGUUUACUCAAUGAACCAAAUACCAAGCUCACCUCCAAGACCUGACCAGCAACAACAGUUCAGAGACCCAUUCAGAGAUCCACCACAUAGACAGCAAACAAACAGAUCAUCCAUUGUACCACCCUUACACAUCAGACCACCGGGCGCAGUCAGAGCUAGGGUAUCAUUCAAGCCUACUGCCGGUGAUGAGCUCUCCAUACAGAAGGGAGAGGAUGUACAGGUCAUCAAGAGAUUCUCUGAUGGAUGGGCUGAAGUUAAGGCAUUGGCUAGUGGCAGAACGGGAGUAAUUCCGUUACAGAUUCUGGAUGACCAGCCUACUACGCCAAUGAGCUACGGACCUCAAUCAUCCAACAGCUCCCCAAGUAACUAUCAAGCGCCUUCUCAGUCCAUGUCUCAGCCUCAAGGCUUCCCAUCUGCACCGCCAUCCAACUUUCAAUGA